UUCCUGAAUCAGUCGGGGUGCGGGGGUGGGGGAUCCCUUCCUGGCCCCACCCCUAAAACUUGCUGAGUCGCAAGCAAAUAACUUUCUCAGAUUGAUCUCUGUCACCGCACGGAGAGGUUUGCUCCGGGGCCCUCAGCCUUUCCGCCCAGCGCCAAUCUGCCUUGCCUGCCAAGCCCCUCCUACCCUGCACCUUUAAAGGCUGGCCGAGGGGAGGGUCGCCUGGAGAUUUCUUCUUAAGAAGUCGUACCGGUUUUUCUAGCUCCGCUGUGCGCCAGCAGAGCCACAGCAGCAGGAAGGAGCGCAGCCGCCACCGCUGCCGCCACCGAGCGGGCGGAGCUAUCAUCCUUUGCCUGUACACCACUCUUCUCAGAAAGGAUCUGCUACGACACUUGGAGUGUUGACUGUUGGAAGGACUAAGGUUGAUAUAACUUCACCUUGGAAAAGAAUUGCUUUGCAAGUGUGCCAUUUUUAUACAUGUUUCCGGGUACACAUGAAAAGAUGCAAAGUGAAGAAGACAGAGGGCCGUGGCCAUCUUGACUUCCAUCUGCCCAACUUCUACCUCCAACGUCUGCUCCCAGGUGGCAUAGUAACAUCUUUUGGAGAAAGAGAAUUGGCUUCCUUUCCUGAAAGUGGCAAAUGUACAACAGAUAGCUGCAUGGGAGGAACAGUAUCCAGAUGGCUGACUUUCUACAUUUUGUGUCAGAAAACAAAUCGGUUGUAAGAGUACAUGUUGAUCUUGGAAAUAGAAGGAUUAAAAAGAUUUAAGUUUCCACAAAAUAGAAGAGCUUGACCAUCUCCUUUUUGACCUGAAAACUGGGGGACAAUGGAUAUCAUAGAGACAGCAAAACUCGAAGAACACAUGGAAAACCAAACCAAUGACCCUACAAGCACUUACACAAGACCUGCUGAACCUGUUGAAGAAGAAAACAAAAAUGGCAAUGGUAAACCUAAGAGCCUAUCCAAUGGGCUGCGAAAGGGUACCAAAAAGUACCCAGACUAUAUCCAAAUUGCAAUGCCCACUGAAUCGAGGAACAAAUUUCCCCUAGAGUGGUGGAAAACAGGCAUUGCCUUUGUGUAUGCUCUCUUCAACCUGGUCUUGACAACUGUCAUGAUCACAGUUGUACAUGAGAGGGUCCCUCCCAAGGAACUGAGCCCUCCACUCCCAGACAAGUUUUUUGAUUACAUUGAUCGGGUGAAAUGGGCAUUUUCUGUAUCAGAAAUAAAUGGGAUUAUAUUAGUUGGAUUGUGGAUCACCCAGUGGCUGUUUCUGAGAUACAAGUCAAUCGUGGGGCGCAGAUUCUUUUUUAUCAUAGGAACUUUAUACCUGUAUCGCUGUAUUACGAUGUACGUUACUACUCUCCCUGUGCCUGGAAUGCAUUUCCAGUGUGCUCCAAAGCUCAACGGAAACUCUCAGGCAAAAGUAGAACGGAUUCUACGGCUGAUUUCUGGUGGUGGAUUGUCCAUAACUGGAUCACAUAUCUUGUGCGGAGACUUCCUCUUCAGUGGUCACACCGUUGUGCUGACACUUACUUAUUUGUUCAUCAAAGAAUAUUCGCCUCGUCACUUCUGGUGGUAUCAUUUAAUCUGUUGGCUGCUGAGUGCUGCCGGGAUCAUCUGCAUUCUUGUAGCACAUGAACACUAUACUGUCGAUGUGAUCAUUGCUUAUUAUAUCACAACACGGCUGUUCUGGUGGUACCAUUCAAUGGCCAAUGAAAAGAACUUGAAGGUCUCUUCACAGACUAAUUUCUUGUCUCGAGCAUGGUGGUUCCCCAUCUUUUAUUUUUUUGAGAAAAAUGUACAAGGCUCAAUUCCUUGCUGUUUCUCCUGGCCACUAUCCUGGCCUCCUGGCUGCUUCAAAUCAUCCUGCAAAAAGUAUUCACGGGUUCAGAAGAUGGGUGAAGAUAACGAGAAGUCUACCUGACGAGCAAAACCGAGGCAUCAGCUCUUACACCAAAAGAGUUAACGCUGUAACCAAAGGUAUAGUUUUGUUCUUUAUUUUAGGAGAACUGACUAGUAAAUGAAGAAAUGGACCAAAUUGUAGGUAAAUGAUUAGAAACAUGAACCAAGUAUUAUCCCUUGACUGCUUUUUAUUCAUCCUGAGAAGGAUAAUUCUCCUGCAGCUCUUCAUUCAUUGGUGACAAGCCCCCAAACUGGGAUUUUACUAAUGAGCUUGUUAAAGAGGUGCCAAAGAACAUAUUACUCCUUUCCUCAUUCUUUCUCUACUUCGGAAUGUUGGAUUUGUUUUCCUCCCAAGGUCAGAAGAUUUUGUUAAUGUUUUAAAUAAAAUAUCUGGAUAUAUACA